CGCUGGAUGGGUACUGUAUGCUUAUUGGGUGGGCACAAUCUGCUCCUCCCUUCCAAAUGACGAUGGAGCUAAAUGAGAUUUGAACUUGCAGCCGGCUGAUUAGUUGAUUCUUUUUCUCAAUAUCAGUGCAGGUUACAGUUGUGGUUCUGGAGCUUCUUGUCUACGCGCAGAGGAGUUGAUACGCGCGUAUUUCCUCGAACUCUCAUUGGAACAUACUGGAAUUGCCAUAGGAAGAAUCUUUCACCUUGGGACUCUCAUUUAAAAGGUAGCCUGCCACUAUACCACGAGAUUGGAGAUGCCUCUUUCCAUAAAGCACAUACUUUGGCUAUUCUGCACUUGUUGUGUCUUCUCUGAAUAUGAAGGAGCCAUGGAGAUGAAGGCCAUGAAAAGUCCUCCAGUCCAAGGCUGUCUGGCCGGCAAUGCAGUCCUGUCUUGUCACUUCUCCACCACACACACCACGAAGAGCACCACCUCCUCACCCACCUCCACCGCCACCUCUACCGCUGACCACUUGCGGAUCAAGUGGACCAAGCUGGAGGGGGAUGAGGAGAAAAUUGUGCUGGUGGCUCAGAACGGUGUCAUCAAGAUGGGACAGGGCUAUCUGGGACGGGUGGCAGUGCCAAGUAACGCAGAGGAGGCAGGAGAUGCAUCUCUCACCAUAAACCAGCUCCGGGCCAGUGAUGAGGGGGUCUAUCGCUGUGAGGUCAUGUACGGCAUUGAAGACACACAGGCCUCCAUCUCCUUGGAUGUCAGUGGUGUUGUAUUUCACUACCGGGCGGGCACCAGUCGCUACACUCUCAACUUUGAGAAAGCCAAGCAGACCUGCCAAAACAUAGGAGCCACUAUUGCCACUGAGGAGCAACUGAUGGCUGCUUUCGAGGACGGAUUUGACCACUGUGACGCUGGCUGGAUUGCAGACCAAACCGCUAGGUAUCCGAUCACUAAGCCAAGACCAGGUUGCUAUGGAAACCUAGAGGGGAAACCUGGCAUCCGAACAUAUGGACAUCGAGAUGCCAGUGAAAUGUACGAUGUGUACUGCUAUGUGGGCAAGCUUCGAGGUGAGGUGUUCUAUCCCCCGAGCACUCAGCUGACCCUGAAGAAGGCCAGGGAACUCUGCGAGAGGUUGGACGCGGUUCUCGCGUCACCUGGCGAGAUCCACGCCGCCUGGAGGGAGGGGCUGGACCGCUGCGACUUCAGCUGGCUCUCUGACGGCAGCGCCCGCUACCCCAUCGCGGUGCCCAGGUACCAGUGUGGCCGAGGCUCCCUCGGCGUGCGCACGCUCUACCGCUUCGUCAACCGGACCGGCUUCCCCAUGCCCGACGAAAAGUUUGGAGCUUUCUGCUUCCGAGCACAUGAGUUUACAACGACUGUACAAGUGCCAACUACACAAGGCUUCACCACCCCUUCACCCAGACACAUAGAUGAAGAGGAAUCUCUGGCCUCGACCGUAGAACCACCCUCCAUGUUCUCCACGACCAUGUCUGCCCCAGCCAGUAGUGUGUCUUCCACAGUGGGUGUCACCAUCUCUGACACCCCUAUCCCCACCCCCUUCGGUGACUACACUGAUGACCUGAUCAGCAGCAUCCUCCAGGUAGAAUCCGUUCCUCUUCCUCUCCCUCCACUUCCCCCCAAGAAGAAACCCGGGUUGGAUGUGGAUCACGAAGGGGACAAGGAGAGCAGCACAGAUGAUGGCAGCGGUGGGGAAGAGGCGCCCCCUCUGGCCACCCCGGGUACACCAGUUCUAACCGACGAAAGUUCUGUCAAACCGGCCAUUGUGUACAAGGAAGAAGGAAAGGGAUCUACCCCACCCCCAAGCGUGACCCAAGUGCCAGGCGUCACCAGAGGUGCCGAAAAGCAGCCAGAAGGCGAGCCUGGUGACAAGAUUGAGCAUAGCACCAGGGACAUGGUGGUCAUGGCAGAGUCUACAACAGCGGCCACAGUACCAGGCGUCACCAGAGGUGCCGAGAAGCAGCCAGAAGGCGAGCCUGGUGACAAGAUUGAGCAUAGCACCAGGGACACGGUGGUCAUGGCAGAGUCUGCAACAGCGGCCACAGUGCGCACAGACAUCCUGACACCCGGGCUUACCGGUGCCGACAGCACUGCUCUUCAAACCGACCUCAGCCCCUCCAAACCACCCUUCCAUCUCAUCAUCGUCAAUGUGGAUCACAAGAACCAGUCAGUUGACGACAUUCUGCAACUCAUUGGAGGAAUACAAUUCCCAGACUUCACUGCCCCAUUGAUUCCCCCCUCCAGCGAGCAGCCCACCACAGACAGUGAUUCUCUCCCUGGUAGUGGAGAUAUUGAUUCUCCUGAAGCUGCUGCUGUCACAAUUAGCCCAACAUUGAGUUUUAUCAAUGGUAAGUACGAGAUCACCAUAAAACCAGACGAUGCAGACACCCAAGAAGCGAGGGGAGACCAGUUUGAGGAGGCAACUCCAGCAGAAAGAGUCCCAGGGGGAGGAGAUGGCACAGAGACUGAAACCACAACUCCGUUUGAUUAUGAAGUCGAGGUGAACAUGGAUGAGAGUGAGAUGUUUGGUGUUCGCACGGACUCGCCGACAUCUUCUCCAGCAACAGCUCCAGCCAGCACAACACUGUCUGGCCCUGAUGCAAGCCUAGAAACCACCGCAGUCUCGCAUGAUGCACUCACUCCUGCCUCGAGCAGCUCGACCACAGCCGAGGCUCUGGAAGGAUCAGGGAGCCCUCCGACAGUCGGCGCUGGGGCUCACCACGAAGGCACCCCUGAAGAGUCUCUCCCGACAUUCCCAUCACGUAGCCCCAUCACAGUGGCCACGGAUGAAGCCGAGAUCGCAGAGGUGGGCAAGACCACUGAGAUCCCCAGAGUGCAGCACUCCACUGCAAGCCCAAUCAGCACUGCUACACACACGGCCGCAGGGGAUCGUGGGAAACCAACAGACACAGAGGACUAUGAGGGCUCUACCUCAGCCGACGAGGAUGGAUCUGGAGGGGAAGGGUAUCCCCCAGACGCAGAUAAGCGCCCCACCUCGCCUCCCACUUCUACUAUGGUCUCUCGUGGCCCUGUGGACAGAGCAGUGAACGCUGGUGAACCCAGCAAGCCCCAUCAGACGGUCACAAGCGCUGGUGAACCCAGCAAGCCCCAUCAGACGGUCACAAGCUCUGGCUCCCCGUUAGCGGUGCCUGACAUCGAGCUAACUGUGACGACCACAAAGGACGCCACUGUGGAGGAGGGUGCCUCUGGAGACCACCGGCCUGACGAGUCGGAUCAAGAUGUGGGCAGCGGUGAUGCGGUUGUCGGGGAGGACAAGAAGGACACCACGACAGAGAGUCCUCUGGCUUUUCCAGCAACCAUGUCUGAAGAAGGAGGCUCAGGGGAGCACAUCCAGAAGACAUCUUCAGAAGAGUCCGCUGCUGCUGUGCCAACUCUGCUGCCUGCACUGCGUCCUGACGCUGGAGACGCAGAUAAAGCUGUGACCAGAGACGGUGCUGCUACCAAGGACUACAAGGAGUCUGCUGAAUACUCUACCCCGUUGGCCCCCGUGACUGACUCUGCACAAUUUGUUGUGAAAUCCACAGAGUCCGGCCCCACAGCACCCCCAACCGCCACUGUUUCCAUUGCCGAUGGCCUUAGGGAAGGACAAACCACAAGGCCCGCUGUAAUCUCUGAGGAUGCUAGCCCAGAAACAAAGGCACCACAAAAGAUAGAUGUGACCAGUAAGCCUCUCACCACAGGUCCAUCCAUCACAACCACAGUGAGCACAACCAUCGUGACUCAGUAUGAUGUUGAUGAUGUUGUGGAUUAUGAAGACGUGACCGGACCUGUGCUUGUUGAAGCUGGCCCACCUCCAGCCACCUGGACAACUGACGAGCCUGAGACUGACACAGGCCAUGUUGUCGAAGGGCAUUCUGUGGACCUUCCAGCUCUUGUCCUUUGUCCUGAGAGUGACUGCCAAAAUGGGGGCACCUGCUACUUGCAGGGAAAAGUUCAAACCUGCCUCUGUAUUCCAGGAUUUGAGGGAGAUCGUUGUGAUAAAGAUCUUGAUGAGUGCCAGUCAAACCCCUGUCUGAAUGGAGCUACCUGUAUAGAUGGUCCAAACACCUACAGAUGUGUUUGCCUGCCCAGCUACACCGGUCCCAACUGUGAACACGACACCGAGACGUGUGACUACGGCUGGCACAAGUUCCAGAGUCACUGCUACAAGUACUUCAGCCACCGGCGCACGUGGGACGCGGCGGAGAGGGAGUGUCGCCUGCAGGGGGCGCACCUGACCAGCGUCUUAUCCUACGAGGAGCAGCUCUUUGUCAACCGUUUGGGGCAUGACUACCAGUGGAUCGGCCUGAAUGAUAAGAUGUUUGAGCAGGACUUCCGCUGGACGGAUGGCAAGCCCAUGCAAUUUGAGAACUGGAGGCAGGGUCAGCCAGACAGCUUCUUCUCCACAGGAGAGGACUGUGUGGUCAUGAUUUGGCACGAGGACGGCCAGUGGAACGAUGUUCCUUGCAACUAUCACCUCACCUUCACCUGCAAAAAGGGAACAGUGGCCUGCGGGCAGCCGCCAGUCGUGAAGGACGCGCGGGUGUUCGGCAGCAUGAAGGGGCGCUACGAGAUCAACUCCCUGGUGCGCUACCACUGCAAGGACGGCUUCAUCCAGAGGCACGUGCCCACCAUCAGGUGUCGGGCGGACGGUCGCUGGGACACUCCUAAAGUCACCUGCUUGAGCCCUUCCACAUACAACCAGGCCGUGUCACAGAAAUACCAGUACAGCAACUUCCUGAAGAGCAGCAAGAAGCCCCUCAGCGACUCCUUCAGGCAACGCCACCGCUGGAGCCCCCAGGAGAGCCAGACGCGCCGCUGAUCCGUCCCUGCGCUCACGGGACCGAAAGAGAACACCAGAACGUGCCUUCAUCACAUCUACACAGAACCAGUCCCGCAGACUGACACGGACACACACCCCCAAUAAUUACCUUUUAUGAAUGUUUCAGAGUAUUUUGAUACUGUCAUUGUGCAGACAUCAUCGGUCUGAGGGAAGCUGGGACAACAAAGACACCACCAGCUUACCACUGAAAUGUAGUUACUGUUGUUUGACUAUGCAAUAAUACGUAUUCUGUGUUUUAUAUAGGGGUAGGAAUAUACCCCAUGGGAAUCAAAUGCAUAGAGUUGUAAAGAACGUGAAACUUGUAAAUAGGCUAUCGCGCUUAUUGUAAGUCCAUUCAGUUUACAUGUAGAGCUAGAGAGGAAAUGGAGUUUUUUGUUGGCCUGUUUUGGCCUGUUCCUUAGUUUGAGAUCCCUACUCAGUCAACAUUUUAGCUGACACUCAUGACUCGCUCUCCGAGGUUGCGGGUCAUGGUGUGUGUA